UUUAUUUAGUAAUUAUAGCGAUAAAUGAGUUGUUAUUAAGUGAUAAUUACAUGAAUUAACAAUAUAUUUGUAUGAAUGAGUGGUUAGUAUAAGAGUCAUCAAAGUAGACAAUUGUUGAUCACAUUUGCAUUGAUUGGGAAUAUAGUGUUUGUCAUAACAUUUGUAACUUUAAAUCGUUAUUCAGAUAUGUUGUCAACAAAAGAGUUGUUUUGACUGAAAGACAAACAAUAGUUGUGACCAAACAAUGAGUCAAAGAUAUCAUCAUCACUCUCGACGGCGGACCAGAUCUUCAUGUGAUACCGACAAUAGUGUAAAUCAGCUAAAGAUUGUCAAUAGUAUCGCUGAAUAUAAAAAUAAGAACCAUUGGUCCAAAUUAUCAUCAGGUCUUCAGCGUUUCAAAAGGGACUCAAAGUUUUGUGACUUUGAACUUAAAGUCGACGGAAAAGUAUUUAGUGUCCAUCGGGUAGUGUUAAGCGCUUCCAGUCUUUACUUUGAGGCCUUGUUUUCAAAUGAUUUAAUAGAAAAGGAGUUGAAUUUUGUUGAAAUCAAAGACAUUUCAUCUAAAAUAUUUGAAUCAUUACUCGAUUAUAUCUAUUCUGGAGAAGUGGUUAUCACUGGUGACAACGUUCAAGAACUGCUUUCUGCAGCAAAUCGUCUCGAUUUGAAUGAAAUUGUGUCCAUUUGUUGUCAAUAUAUGACCAAACAAUUAGAUCCAAUUAAUUGUAUCGGAAUCUUAAGAUUCGCAGACUUUCAUUCAUUAACUCCAUUAAGAUUUGAUUCAAAACGUUAUAUUGAAAGACAUUUUGCUGAAGUCAUUAAAGAAGAAGAGUUUUUUGAUUUACCAAAAGACUUAUUAAAAAGUUUUCUUCGAAGUGAAGGUUUAAGUAUUGACAAUGAGUUUCAAGUAUUAGAUGCAACAGUCAAAUGGAUUUUUAAAGACCAAUCAAAUCGGUUUCAAUACUUCGAUGAACUUAUGGAUUGCGUCAGAAUUCCAGUCAUUCCUAUUAAACAAAUGGAAGCGUUUAUUAAUGACUGUAAUGAUGAAGAAGUAAAAUCAAAACUGCGAUCAGUUCUCGACAAAUAUAAAGAGGCCAUUGCUUUAGUUGAGAAUAAUAAAAAAUCAAAUUUAUUGGCCAUUAAUUGUCAUAAUAAUUACGGUUUGAAUGGCUUUUACGAAGUCCGAUGGCAGCCCAGAAUUAAUGCUAGAAAAUACAUUUACGUUAUUGGAGGUAACCAUCAGGCAAGUCAUCGAUGGGAUGAUAUUAAACCCGUUGCUAUUUGUGAGCGAUUAGAUAUACUUCGAGGACUUUGGAAGGCUUUACCACCUCUUUUGUAUCCAAGAAGUUUUCAUUGUGUGACUAAUCUCAAUGGCUUACUAUAUGUAGCCGGAGGUGAAUGUGAUUCACUUAUUUUAGAUAGCGUUGAAAUAUAUGAUCCGCAAAACAAUGAGUGGACUAAAGGAAAAAGUUUACGCCAACCCCGCUCUUGCUUUGGUAUGUGUGCUAUCGACUCAUAUCUCUAUGCUUUUGGUGGUUGGAUCGGUAAUCUGGUUGGUAAUAGUAUUGAAAGAUACGAUCCUAUAAGCAAUGAGUGGAAUAUUUAUGAUAAACUGCCGGAUAUACGGUUCGCAAUGGGAAUCAUUUCUUUUGAAGGACUCAUUUAUAUAAUCGGUGGUUAUAAUGAACAAAAUCGUGUCUUAAAGAGUGUCAUGAGUUACAAUCCGGCCACUCAUGAGUUCAGGAAACUGGCGGAUAUGAUUCAGCCCAGAGCAUCAUUUGGAUGUACUGUUUUACACGGAAUGAUUUAUGUAGUCGGAGGGGCUAAUGAUGCCAAUCACGCCCUGUCUUCAGUAGAGAGAUAUAACAUUAAUGAAAAUCUAUGGUCACGAGUGUCAAACACACCAUCACCACGAAUAUCUUCGUGUGCCUGUGCUAUCAAUGAAUGCCUUUUUGUUUUCGGUGGUAAGACUUUAGGCGAUGAGUAUUCACUAACAAAUACAUUAGAUUCGGUUGAUAUCUUUGAUCCCGAAUCUAAUCAAUGGAGAGAAAGCAUACCUUUGCCAACAAGUCGUUCUGAAGCAGCCGUUGCUGUCAUUUGAAACCAUUGUUAUUAUUGUAAAUUUUUAGACUAUUUUUUAUUUUAUCUUUUAUUAAAACAAUCCAUCAGCUAUUGGGCGCUAUUAAUAUAAUUAUUUUGAUGAGUUAACUACAAUUUAGUGACGAGCGCUCAACUGAAUGUCAAUUGUGAUAAUGUCUAC